GAGGAAAUCCAUAUUCAAUUCACCUUCACAGACUCAAUCAAAGUAUUUUGGCAGAAAGCUACCUCCUGCCAGCAUACUUUAAUUUUUAAGGACUCUUUCAGCACAGUGUUCUGGUAUUCCUAUGUAAGAUUAGUUGUGGCAGAUGAGCUUGGAAUCAGAACUUAAAAGCAAUGCAAUUAAUCAUUAUUGAAAACUUGUCUUCCUAUUCCUUAUUUAAAAUAAUUACUAAGUUUUUGUGGAUUUUUUUCAUCUGUGAAUUUAGUCAUUGGAGAAUAAUUUGGCUUCUUCUGACAGCUUGUGACUGAUGCUUUGCAGGGAGGAAAAAAAGGAUUUUUUAUAGUUUCUAAAAUAACUCUGGUCUCAUGUUUUCAAGCCUUUCACUUUAUUAACGUUUGAGUGAUUUAGCUUCUCAUCAUUUGGGUUGCUUCUUAAACCUGAGAAAAAUGGGAGAUAUUGAGGAAGAUUUCCAGUAGAAACAGAAAAAUAAAAGUACUAAAUGGGUGGUGAUUCUCCCUCACAUGACCAGAAGGAAAACAAACUGUUUGGCUUUUGACCGUGCUUGCUACUAAACACCCUGUCAUAGUGUGUGAGGUGAGUCACGACUUGUUUAUUUAUAGCCAUGGCCAAUCAAAGCCAACUGCUCUGAACUUCAUUCAAGACCAGCAGCUCUUAGAAUGUCUUGUAAACAUUUGCUCUCUGAGUAAGGAGCAUCUUCCUGGCAGCAAGCAGCACAGGUGCCUGGAUGGUGGCUCCUAAAACACAAAACAGACUAAAGAUUGUUGCCUGGAUUUUCUAGAUUGGUAGAGAGAGACUGAGAAUUCCCUUUCACAUCUGAAAUGCCAGACAGUGAGGAUCUGGGACAAGAUGACAGAUGGAAAUUCACUGAUUCCUGUCAAGACUACAGACCCAGAAUAAAUCAGUGCAUUUCAGAAACACUGAUGAAUUUAUUUGUAUUUCUUCAAGAAAUGUCCCACUUUAAGGAACAAAACCCUGGCAAGUUUUGCCUACUAGUCUGCAGCAUAUGUACAUUUUUCACUGUCUUGGGGAGUUACAUUCCUGGAGUUGUCCUCUCCUAUGUCUUGUUAUUGUGUGCCUUUUUAUGUCCCUUCCUUAAGUGCAAUGAACUUGGACAGAAACUGUGCAGCAAAAUAAAGGCUGUUCUGAUGAAACUAGAUUUUGGAAUAGUGGAAUAUAUCAACCAGAAGAAAAAAGAGACAUCUGAAACAGCAAAAACAAGACCCACAGAAGAUGACAGUGAAUUAGACAUAUCAGCUCUGUGUCCUAAGGUUAGUCCUGCAAUUGUUGCCAAAGAGCUGUCAGUAUCUGACACAGAUGUCUCAGAAGUAUCCUGGACUGAUAAUGGGACCUUUAACUUAUCCGAGGGGUAUUCUCCACAGACAGACACAUCUGAUGAUUUUGACCGACCUAGUGAUCAUGAAGAAGCUUUCGCUAGAGAUCUUUUAGAGUUUCCCUCUUUAGAAAAUGGUGCCAGCACAAACGAUGACGACGACUCAAGCAUCAGUUUGCCCACCCAGCAGAAACGAAGGAAAGAGCAAACUGAUGUCAAGGCAGAUCAUGCUUCCAGACAGAGUAAAGAGAGACCAUCCACUGCAGGGCUGUCCUUGCCUUUGACCAGUGACCAAACUUUUAAUUUAAUGAGUGGACUUCCUGGUGAUGUCAUCAUGGCUGCAGUGUCUGCUGCCAUCAAGGACCAGCUGCAGGCCCUACAGCAAGCUCCCUCACAGGCAGUGCCCAGUUUGAGCGAGGAGACAGACACAGAGGAAGCCGAUGACUUUGAACUGCUUGACCAGUCUGAGCUAGAGCAGAUUGAGAAAGAAUUGGGACUUUCACAAGGUCAAGAAGCAGAAUCCCAGGAAAAGAAAAAGUCUUCAGGCUUCCUUUCAAAUCUGCUUGGAAGUCAUUAACCUUGAAGUUGCAGCUGGUAACACAGAAGAAACUAAACAUAAAACACAAAAAAAACCUACCAUCAAAUACUACAAAACAGAAACAAAAAAAAGAAGAAAAUUCUGAGCUGUAAGCUUUAACUAUCCCUUUAGAUGUGUUGUAAAAAUUUUCCUUAUGUAGAAUGAAUUAACUGGAUAAGUAUCAGCUAAUACUGAUACUUUAAUGUUUCUGGUAGUUAUACCUCAAUGUAAUAGCAUGGAAAUGAAUUCUCUAUCCACUUUUUGGUUGCAAAUGUGUGGUGGAAAUCAGUUGUUCAAAAUAGCUUGGGGAGAGAUUUCUUUUACCAUUUUGCCAACCAUCUAUUUUGGGGUCCUCAGCCAGAUUUCCAGUAUCAGCAGUUUAUUUACUCUAGUUUUCCAAACAUGUAAUACAAUUAAUGACUCAUAUUGUGAGGGCAAGUUACUAGAGGGCUACAGUAAGAUGAACUGUAUCUCACCUCCUUCAAUCCUACCAAAAAGUAUGGAUCCCUGCAUUAUAGUAGUGCAUCUACUAUAUAUGAAACACAUUAACUGACACAGUUCGAGUUUAAAUAUAAACCCCCAAGAUUUCAUACUUAAAAUAUUUGAAUUAUUUUGGAUAUGAUAAUGUAUUUCCAAGUUUUUUGCUGUUAUAGGCUUGUAGAGUUGUAAAGUGGCAUGUUAUAUGACCACCUGCUGUGUUCCUUGAUGGAGUCUGGUCCUUGGCAGUAUUGCCCAUGUGAAGUCAGCCAAUUAAACUUUAUGUUUAAAAGUUAAUAUUGUGUAAACUGAACAACCUUUUUGGGAGCAGGUGGGGGUAGUUAUUGUUUGGAGUAGGGAUUAGAGAUUAAAAAAAAAAGCAAAAAGGCUUUUUAGGUGCCACUUCCUUAAUUUUAGAUUCUGUAGGUUUUGGAUUGGCUUUUUUUCCCAUGAUAGCUGCUUCCACUUGCAACAAAAGUUUUGUUGCAAGGUGAUUAUUUAUACUUAGAAGCAUUUGGGGAGGUCAGUUGCUAGAGAAGACACUCAGAAUAUUCUUCUUGGCAUGUAAUUUAAAACAAAAAAAGAACUUGUUUAAAUUAUUUGCCAGUUUAAAGUCCACACAUGCCCAGUGAGUGGCAUGGGAUUAAAAGCAGAUAACUUAUUUUUCUAGGGCUAUUUUGUUCACCUGUGACAAAACUGCAUUGCUAUAUGAAGCAAUAGUAAUACAAGAGACAGUAAGAAAUAAAGCUAGCUUUUUUGAUGUGAUGUAAACCAGUAGCAAAGUUGAGGGACCAUGUCAGCUGCUACUACUACUCAAGUAAAUUUCCAUUUGCUAGCAUUUGAAGAGGUAAAUACUGUCAUCUAGGACCGUCAAAAAGUACAGCAACAGAUGAUAAAAAUCUUCCACUAACAUAUAAACCUGUGUUUGAAAUUCACUCUGUAUUUUUUUUUCAUUUUGAGGUGGAAGAAUAGGCAGAUGGCCAAAAGAGUAUAGUAAAAGGAAGGAUGCCAAGUUUUGACACUAGCUUUAUUGUUGCUUGUGCUUUUUGUGUCAGUAAUGCAUAUUGACUGUGUUUGCUGUCCUUUACCAGUAAAAGGGUACGCCUGUGCCUUCAUUAUCAAAUACAUUAUGAAAUAAGUGGAUGCUGGAUAUAGAUCCCACAAGACACAGCUUUCAAAUUACAAUAUCUCAGCACCUGAGUUUCUGGAAAUCAUUAGAAAACAUGGCCCACAUCACUUCCACAGAAUUAGUUGCUAAGUUUUUUCUUUAGCUUUCACCAGAUUGUUCUUCUCAUUUGGAAAAAACAAAUUAAAAAAAAAUCAAAUACUCAACCAAAAUUUAAAAAAGCUUUUUUUGAAAAAUCAGUGAGUUUAAGAAGUUCUCAGAUGACUUAGCCUCGUUUCCUUGCCACACGUUUAGGACAAUCCGUACAGUUAAAAGAGUACAAAUCCAAGUUGCUGAUGAAGGAUGCCCAAACAAUUGUGUGCUUCCUGUUCCAGGAGUACUGGUGCCAGAAGGGGAAACAGGCUGCGGGACAGGGAGAGGCAGGAGGGAGGGAGCAGUCCUUCACAGGCUUUUCUGGAGCAGAUUGGCAGGACAGACUAGCUGGCUGUCAAUGGUGGCAUUGAACAGUGUGCACUUUAUUGUUGUUUUAUGGAAAAUACUCAUGGUUAUGAAAGUAUGUAACACAGGGGCACUCUUCUAGAAUAAUAGAUUAGAUCAGAAAGAAAAGCAGUUGGAGGAGUUUCUCAGACUGGUUUCAAGAUAGGUAGAUUGAUUGUUCUCCAGUAUGACUCUUUUUUUUUUCCAGAAAGAAAAAAACAACCAAAACUUGAACAAAUAAAUCAUUAAAGUUAGGGACAUAGUUACUUAUCUGAGAGUUUUUAGAUUUUUUUUUUCUGCUGUCAUGAUAGUUACAUUCAAGCCCCUAAAUACUAUGUAAUGGGAAGGAUGUAAUUCUGUAACAUUUAAUAUUCUUCCUCAGGUAGUAAAAAGAUGUCUAAUUUUCUGCAGGAAAUUAUCUCUUCCCUUCCACACAACCACAUGUAAGAAACACUUUGCAUGGACACAAUACAUUCCACUGCCAGCAGUUCGCAAGCAAAACGCAAAGAAAAUGUUUCUCUCCUUUGUGGAUCCUCUCCACGGUGCCCUCAGUUGGAAAUCCCUUGAAAAAACUUCCUUUUGCUGUAUUAUAGUAGCAGCCAAGAAACGGCAGUUCCUUAGAAAUUCCUGUCACAAUGGUCUGCAGUAUCUUUCCUACGGAGCAUUGUUGUCACCUUCCCAUCCUUCAAAUGGAAUGGCUGGGCAGGAAGCCAGGCAAGGGGGUAUAAGGGAACACAUAGCUUUGAAACAUGCGGUCUUUCUAUGGAAAAUCCUUGCAUGUGAUUGCCAGUCAAAAGGCACACGGGCAGCGUAGACGGCAUAGUGUGAGCCCAUGCCAUGGGGUAACUGUGUGAUCCUGCCUUGCACCUGGGAUCGGUGCUGCUUGUGUUAUGUGUGUGUGCACUUACCUGGCAGUAAAGGGCUCACCCUCUUGUGCCUUGCAGUGGCUUCUUUACGCAUCCUGAUGGAAGAAAAGCACAUAUGUCAGGGCAGGGAUGCAGGCCACUCUUUUGUACUCUGAAAAUUUCCCCUUGUGUCAGCAGUACACGAGUGACAGGAUCACCAUCAGAUUGGUGGCCUUUGGUGUGUCAAAUCCAGUGCAAAACCACCUGUUCCCAGAACACAGGGUUUCCAUGCAUAUGUACCACACACUUAACUGACCACUCUUCUGUUUGUUGGAAAAAAAUGCUGUUCUAUGCAGAGGAGGUUAAAUAAUUGUAACCCAAAGUAACAGGAUCUGAAGAGAUACUUGUUCUACUUGUUCUGUGUUCAUUGUGCACUUUUGCCAGGCUGUCUCAGCUUUCUGAACAAAUAAAUCCCUGUAGUCUCCACAUCUGUUCUCACCACAUGAGCAGCGUCGCAGUCCGUGAGUAACCUCCACCCAGACAACCAGAAAGUGGAGAAUUACAAAAUGUCCGUAUUUAAGUAUUCUGCAGCACUUUACCUGCCUGAUCACUGUUUUGUAAACAUGGAACUAUUAUAUUGAUUGUUUUAAUAAAUAUAUGUUAGUUUUUAUCUUUUAUCAUCUCAUCAUCGUGCAUUUGCUCCCAGAAAUGGAAAUAAACCCUAUACCAACAAA